UGCUCUAAACUGCAAUUGAAGGUUAAAUACACUCAGGCAGGAGAUAAUCAUGGCGGCGGCCGGAGGAGGAGACCGGCUGAGUGAUCUGCCGGAGCCGAUUCUACUACACAUCCUCUCUAUGUUACCUAACCGUAAACAAGUUGUUCAAACCAGCGUAGUAUCAUCGCAAUGGCGAUUUCUUUGGAAAUCUGUUCCAGCAUCACUCAAUUUCAACUUCCCAGGAUUCCCCUUUGAUGAUAGAAAAAUAAACAAAACGAAAAUUCUUUUCGCUUACAUAGCUUCUGUUAAUAGAGAGCUUCAUUAUUGGAGUUCUUGCGAGAAAAUUAAAUCAUUUAGGGUUUUUCCUCAAAAAUACGUGGUGUUUAUUGAUCAUGAUGUUGAUUUGUGGGUGCACUUUGCUACUAAUAUUGGUAAGGUUGAAGAGUUUACGUUGAAAUUUCGUAUUAUGACUUUUCCAGAUUUUGGGUAUGAGUUUCCUGAAUUUGCUUAUAGGAAUACGGUUUUGAGGAAAUUGGUGUUAGGGAGUUGCCAGUUGAGACCUUCUGGUAAUGUGAAGUGGAGUAAUUUGGUUUCUCUUUCGAUUGGGGAUGCGGGUAUGAACGAGGCUGUAAUGGAAAAAGUAUUAUCAGGUUGCCCUAAUUUGGAAUGCUUGGAAUUGGAUAAAGUUAUUGGUAUUCGUCGUCUGGAAAUCAGCUCUGUGAAGCUGAGAAAAUUGAUUGUAACGAUUUAUGAAACAGAAAAUGCUGAUGAUGAAUACUAUUGCCUCGAAAUUCAUGCCCCGUAUAUUCGACAUUUGGAACUCUGGGGAUUGUGCUGCGAUGAUAUACACUUUCAGCUGAGAAAUGUGGCUUCACUUGUCACUGCAGUCCUUUCCUUACAUAUUGAUUUUUCUGACCGUAAAAGUGAUAAAUUGGAGGAGUGUAGAUAUUUGCAGGAACUUCUUCACAAAGUUGCCCAUGUCGAGAAUCUUGAAUUGGGUCCCUGGUGCAUCGAGUGCUUGUCCAUACUGGAGUUGAAAGGGUGGCCUGUUCCACCAUCACGCUGGAAAUUCUUAAAACUUAAUGCAGCCUUAGAACAGUUGGACUACCCUGGAAUUUGCAGCUUUCUAUCGAGUUCAUCAAAUCUUGAGACAUUGAUCAUUGACUGGUGCAAUCGCAAACCAAGGAACCUGUUGUCAAAGUACACAAAUGUUGAUGAACGAUGGAGGAGAUUCGUGACACAUAGCUUUAACUGCUCAUUGCCACAUCUAAAGACCAUCAAGUUCGUUAACUUCUAUGGAAAAGUAAGUGAAAAUAAGUUUGUACUGCCAUUGCUUAAAUGUUUGCGCAAGAAUGCAACAGCGCUAGAGAAGUUUGUCAUUGCUUGCAAAUUCAGAGUGAAGUGAUGUUGUGUCUCAGAAUUAUGUCGUCAGGAGUUCUUAAGCUUUCCAAGAUGGCCGCACACUUCAGUUGUCUUUCCUUGUUGAUAAUCUUACGCGACUCUCUUUUGUAGUGAUAGUGACAUACAUAAUAACCUUUUACUUUUGGUUUGAAACUGGUUUGUAGUUGAUAGAUGAGGUUUGGAUUCUACUUAUCAGUAUCCAAGUAGUUGUUUGUAGUUCUUCAUGUCUAAGCACAAUGUAUUUUUUUCCUCUGAUAAUCAUGUAAAAAAGCUUGCUCUAAGGUUGAAUGUCAUUUUG